GAUUAAAACCCCGCUGACACCUGCGGGAUCGUGAUGCUGUGGACCCGCGUGGGCGGUGCAGUAGAUCUGCAGGAGGAGGAGGAGGGGGCGCGUCCGUUUCCACGCUCACUCACUGGUGCUAUUGUCAUGGUAACUAGACCACCGCCUCGCCAUUGUCUCGCGCCCUACCAAGUUUAUUAUAAACACACGGCGCUGUCAUACGGAGCGCCAGCGCAGAGCGAGCUGCAGAGCAGGAAGGAGGUGAGAAGUAAGGAGGCGCACGCUCCUGCACACUGAAGGAGGAGACGAGGGCGAGCAGGAAGAAGAAAGCCUCUGGAUUACUGCGGCCACUGAAGCGCGAGAAAGUUCUUUGGAGGUUCUGGAGACAAGAACCAGAGAAAGUUCCGGAAGCAGCUGCAGAACCGAGCUUCACCUCCCCGCGUUCCUCAGACCGGUGCGCGCACCGGCUUACCUCCAUGUAUAAGAUGGAUUACUCCUACCUGAACUCCUAUGACUCCUGCAUGGCGGCCAUGGAAGCGUCGGCCUACGCGGACUUCAGCUCCUGCAGCCAGGCCAGCUCCUUCCAGUACAACCCGAUCCGAAGCGGGCCGUUCUCCAACCCGGGCUGUACCCCGCUUAGCACGGCCAGCUGCACUCUGGGAGCCCUGAGGGAGCACCAGCCCACUCCUUACUCCUCAGUUCCAUACAAGUUCUUCUCGGAUCCUUCGGGUCUGAACGAGAAGAGGAAGCAGCGGCGCAUCCGGACCACCUUCACCAGCUCGCAGCUGAAGGAACUGGAGCGGGUGUUCGCGGAGACGCACUACCCGGACAUCUACACCCGGGAGGAGCUGGCGCUCAAGAUCGACCUGACCGAGGCCCGCGUGCAGGUGUGGUUCCAGAACAGGCGCGCCAAAUUCCGUAAGCAGGAGCGCGCGGCCAACGCCAAAGCCAACAGCUCCGGCGGCGCCACGGGGGGCAGCAGCAGCUCCGGGGGCAAGAAGGCAGGAGAGGCCAGAUCUUCAUCAGACGACGACGAGUCCAAGGAGUCCACCUGCAGCCCCACGCCCGACAGCACGGCCUCCCUCCCCGGCUCCGCCAACGGAAACCUGGGGAGCCCCGCCAGCCUGAGCCCCAGCCCCGCUCCGACCAACAGCAGCUACGCCAACGCCUCCACCUCCCCGGUUCUCCAGGGGCUGAAAACGCCCAGCUGGUCCAGCCUGGGACCGUCCAACCCGGCCGUGGCGCAGCCCGCCGCCCAGACGCAGGAGAUCCUGAAGGCCUGGCAGCCGGCGGACAGUAUGAGCGGGCCCUUCGCCGGAGUCCUGUCCUCCUUCCACAGAAAACCCAACCCCGCCAUCAAGACCAACCUGUUCUGAAGCACAGACGGAGCGGAGGGGCCUCCUCUGAGAGGGGACCUGUCCAUAGUGCUGAAACCAGCCGCUCCGAUGGACUCAGCUGAGGAUGUGCUCACAGGUGCAGCAGUGCAGACUCCACCUGCACCGCUGUAUGCAGCCCCAAUCAUUCACCUGGACGGGAACCUCCAGACUGAAUGAUGCAGAACCGCAGGCUCCAAAACUCAGAUCACCCCCCACAUUUACACGCACGCCCCCGCAGAAGAACAAACACGCAGCUCCAGUCUUUAAGCCCGCAAAGCACAACUAGACCCCGACAUGCAGAUUUGCUCCAAAAAAGGGAUGAAUCCACCCCCAAAUCUCUUUGCAGAGCAGAAAGGGCCCCCCCCCCCCCAAUCCAGUUAGUGCAGGACGGUUUAAAACCAUUGACUGUUUAUGAGAACUGGACAGAGUGACUCCUCCCCCCUGGCUAUCCAAACAGGAAGUCCCUUAGACAUUUUUUAGAAUACAUUUUUCAACAUUUUCGCGAAAAUUCUCUUUUUUUGAAAGCAUUUUUCAAGUCAUAAACUGACGAAUCAGAUGAAUAAAAGUAGGUGGAGUCAUGUGGAACGUUCCAAAGCUUUGAUUGUCAGAUAUUUUGUAGCUGUCAAAUGAAGGGGCGUGGCUUUCCUACAAGCUCACUCCUGAUUGAAGAGAGUGGUUGCCAUGGAAAAGUUGUCUCGGAUCAAUCAGUGCUUACUGAUGAUGACAUUAUCACACACACAAAAUUGACUUCACAACCGGAAGUAAACCAUUUUACAUGGAUGACAUGGCAUCUAUGUCCAGUUCUCAUAUGCAGUCAAUGGUCGUGUCCGAAUUCCUCACUGCUCACAACACCAUUUAGCGAGUUUUUGAGGUGUCAAAAUUUACAGUUAAAAAAGUCCAGCGCUCUGGAUUUUGAUGCACACUGAUGCAUCAAUGCUCACUAAUUUAAAAAAUCCCAAAUAGUCUUUAAACUUCUUAGGUUUAUACUUUGGGAAAUCCAUGAUAUUAUAUUAGAUGUUUAAAGAACAAAGUUUUGAGCAUGAUGUCAGAAUAACCGAUGACAUCCAGGACCAUGGAUAGUCCCCGCACUAUAAAGGCCCAAUCUAAAUUCUUCCUUUUCACUAGCCCUCCAAACAGAGUUAUGCAAAACUACUCUGAGAAAUCAGACGUCACUUCUGCUCGAUGACGUCACCAAUAGUCGCCGGUCAGCUAGCGUUAGCAUGGAGUGUUUCCCGCGCUAAAAUAUACAUAAAAACAGCUGUUUUAUAACUUUAAAAAGGUCAUUCUACAACAAAAGGUCAUUACUUACGUUUAAAUGUAAACUUCUGUGCUUUGAAUCCCUCCGCUUAGAGGAAGGGAUCUUAAAAAAUAUACUUUGGGGACCACUUUCCCAUGAAAUGCCCCUUCAACUGGAGGGGUAGGGAGAAGGGAAGAAUUCGGAUUGGACCAUAGUCUUUUGGUAGUUUGGGAAAUCAGACACUCCUCCUUUGCUGUAUCUAGACCCACACUACCAUCAUCUGAUUUUCCCAUCAUGCCUUCUUUGACACAAAGAGAACCUUGAGUCAACAGCUUCUCUUCUGGUGGAGGAAAAGUCAGGAAGCGAAUGUCAAUUGAUGAGUCGCUUCUACAACACUUUAAGUUUUAGACUGUGGACAAAUCCCCUGGACAAAUAUCUGAUCAAUCACUACUGUUGAAUUCAUGAUUCAUUUUUUGUACUUGUUGAUGUCCAUCCUUUACUUUUCUGCAAACGGUCAAACAGGAAGCAGCUUUUUUGUACUUCUGUCCUUUAAACAAAGCUGUCCAAAACAGCCAACGUUGAAGAAACUUAAUCAAAAAUAGGGAAAUCUACAUGUAUUUAUUAAUAUUUUUAUUAUGUCAGUGAAAAGUGAGAAGCCCAAACGUGUUUGAUUUACUACAAAAACCUGAGAAUGUAAAUUCUGUAAUUAGUAAUAUAAAUCUUAGGUAGUUUUUCUUUUUUUUUUUCAUCUUUGCUUUACAAACUUCACUGCAGAGCAUCUGUCGUGUUCAUGAAAGCAGACAGGAGGUUCCAGUGAAUGAGAAGGUAUAGCACUACUCUGAAUAUUCUAAUAAAUCUACAUUAUGGAGGCA